AUGUCGCUCGCCGGCAGCGAGGCGGCGGCGGCGGCGGCGGAGGCGGCGGCGGCGGAGGUGGCGGAGGCGGCGGAGGAGGCGGAGGAGGCGGCGGCGGCGGAGGAGGCGGCGGAGGCGGCGGAGGAGUACGACGUGGUUGUGGUUGGGAGCGGGCUGGGCGGGCUGAGCGCGGGCGCGCUGAGCGCAAGGUACGGCCACAAGGUGCUGGUCUGCGAGGCGCACUGCAUCGCGGGCGGCUGCGCGCACGCCUUCGAGCGCGGCGGGUACACCUUCGACAGCGGGCCGUCGCUGUGGAGCGGGUGCGCUGCGCCGUCGACCAACCCGCUGCGGCAGGUGCUCGACGCGGUCGGCGAGUCGCCGGAGUGGGUGCAGUACGGCGGCUGGAACAUGUAUACACCCGAGGCGCCGGCCGGCUUCUACGCCGCCGCGGGCGACAUGGGCGAGUGGCGGCGGACGAUGGCGCGGCUGGGCGACGGCGAGAGGACGGUCGGUCAGUGGGACCGGCUGCUCGAGUUCAUCGAGCCGCUGCAGCGCGCCGUGCUCGCCGUGCCGCCGAUCGCGCUGCGGGCGGACGUGGGCGCGGUGCUGACUGCGGGACCCUACAUGGGCGCGAUGGCUGACCCGCGCAUCGGCUUGAUUGGCGCGAUGGCUGACCCGCGCAUCGGCUUGCGCGCGUACCUGCUCUCUGGCCCGUGGUCGGCGGUGCUCGAGGCUGCGGGCGUGACGGACCCGUGGCUGCGCAACUGGUUCGACUUCCUCGCCUUUGCCUUCUCGGGGCUGCCGUCGGACGGCACCGUCGCCGCGGCCAUGGUCUACAUGCUCGCCGAGCUGCACGCCGACGGCGCGAGGAUGGACUACCCCCUCGGCGGAUCGGGCGCGGUCGUGGAGGCGCUCGUGCGCGGCCUGCGCAAGCACGGGGGCGAGCUGCGGCUGCGCAGCGCCGUCGAGCAGAUCCUCGUGGACGAGGCGGACGGCCGCUGCACGGGCGUGCGGCUCGUCGGCGGCCGCGUCGUGCACGCGCGGCGCGCAGUCAUCUCGAACGCCCCCGUCUGGCAGACAGCGGCGCUCCUGCCUCCGGCAGCGCGCGCUGCGGUGCGCGCCACCGGCAGCGCCCCGCUCGACGCGAGCACGCCUCCGACGCCGUCCUUUGUGCACCUGCACCUCGGCAUCCGCUCCGAUGGGCUGAGCGAGCAGGCGCUGUCCUCAGUGCCAGAGUGGGAGAAGCUGACGCAGCCGCAGUCGGCCGCCUUCGUCUCGGUGCCGUCGCUGCUCGACCCCUCCCUCGCGCCCGAGGGCCGCGCCGUCAUCCACGCCUACUUGCCCGCCACCGAGCCGUACGAGGUCUGGGAGGGCCUCACGCGCGGAUCGGCGGAGUACGAGCGGCUCAAGGCACGAAUUAGUCAACUACGGGCGGCGCCGCUGUACGCCGCCAUCGAGCGCUUCAUCCCCGACGUGCGGGCGCGGGUCGAUGUGGAGCUGGUCGGCUCGCCGCUCACGCACGAGCGCUUCCUGCGCCGCCACCGCGGCACCUACGGCCCCGAGCUCUCCGCAGCGGACUCCGCCUUCCCCGGCGCGCGCACGGCCGUGGACGGACUCCUGACGUGCGGCGACUCGUGCUGGCCGGGCAUCGGCGUCCCGGCCGUCGCGGGGUCGGGCAUCGCCGCCGCCCACGCCGUGACCGGCGCGGGCGCGCAGCGCGAGCUCCUGCGCGAGAUGCGCGAGCGGGGCACGCUGAUGCCGGCGUGA